CGGUGGAUUUCUUCAACCAGAUCAACAUGCUGUAUGGCACCAUCACUGAGUUCUGCACUGAGACCAGCUGCUCUGUGAUGUCUGCAGGACCAAGGUAUGAAUAUCACUGGGCUGAUGGCACCAAUAUUAAAAAGCCAAUCAAAUGCUCUGCGCCUAAGUACAUUGACUACUUGAUGACCUGGGUGCAGGAUCAGCUGGAUGAUGAGACCCUGUUCCCCUCUAAGAUUGGAGUUCCCUUUCCCAAGAAUUUCAUGUCUGUGGCCAAAACCAUCCUGAAGCGUCUGUUCAGGGUUUACGCUCACAUCUACCACCAACAUUUUGACUCUGUGAUGCAGCUGCAAGAGGAGGCUCACCUCAACACCUCCUUCAAGCACUUCAUUUUCUUCGUCCAGGAGUUCAACCUCAUUGACAGGCGAGAGCUUGCUCCCCUGCAGGACCUGAUUGAGAAGCUUGGAUCCAAGGACAGAUAGACAUUUCAUCAUCCAUUCCCUUUUUUAAACAAAACAAACAAAAAAAAAAUCCAAAAAAUGUUUUUUGCUUUUUCUUUUAUCUUCUACCUCUGUGAUUUCUAUAUUCAGCUCUUAAACAUCUGUGCCUUCUUCUCUGUGUUUCCAGAAYGGUUGUACUGUACUUCUUUUAUUCCUUUUUUUGUUGAACGCUGUCUUUGAGCCUUUUUUUACUAUCCUCACUAGAAAAUAUAGAAUAGUGUAUUUAAGAAGACACAUUUUUCACCGUAUUAGAAACAACAUUUUAAAUUGGACCAMGUAAAAAGCAGCUUCUUUCAGAGGAUGCUAUUUGAUGGUUGAAACCCCCAAUUACCUUGAGUUCAUUUUUGUUUAAUAGAAUUAUAGUGACUGACCACAUAUCUCAACUUUUGUUUUGGKUUUUUUAUGUCUUUUGUGUACAGUUUUGAAAAGCAGGAAGGAUUGCAAACAUGAUAGUACUAUUAAAAGAGGUUUGGGGUGAACUUAUGCACUCGUGACAACACAAUAAAUGAAGGCGGGUGCAAAAAAGCACAUUAAAUUUUAUACAAUAUGUAUAGCUCACUGACACAUAGUAACAGUUUCUUUAUCGACACUGCCUCAAUGAAAAUAGGCCACCAUCGAUGACUUUUUGGUAUUUCAGAUUGGUUGAGCAAUAAAGCUUUUUAKUACGUUUUCUGAAUAAAGAAGAAAUGAGAAAUAGUACUCAUAUUGUUACCCAUACGUUUUACUAUUUUCCUUAUCAAGAGUUCAUAAAGCCUGUUUGAAUAGCCUAUAAAUAGAACAAUUAUAGUGGAAAUCAUAUGAACAGAAUGAUGAGUUUAAUUAAUGUAAACUUUUAAUUUUUUUUUACAGUUAUUUCAGUUCAGUUCUGUGUUGUGGAACCACUAAUCACUUUUUACUGGAUAUCCAUGGAUGGUUUUUCUGUAGCUACAACAGCAUAAUUAAUCCAUCAUUUUAAAAGCUGAUGCAACUACUAUUCCUCCUCAAUGUUUAGUUUUCUAAAGUAUGAUCMAGGACAUUGAUUUGUUACUAUUUCAGACCCAAACUUACAUCUAACAGUUAUCAAACCAAUUAUGUUGGAUUAAAUGGCUAAAAUGCAUCACACAAGCCAACUACUAAGAAUUGGGAACAGUUGUGUGUGUUUUUUUUUAAUAUGUUAUCAUAUUAAAAAAGACUGUUUUAAUAUAAACAUGUUUCAACAAUUUAAAAAAAAGUUUAAUUCACUUAACUGGUGUUUUGUUUUGUUUUGUUUUUUCCUUUUAAAGGUCCACUUGUUGCUUGGCAAAAUAUCAAAUGUUAUUCUAAGUUAAACAUUUAGCAGGCAMGUCUGCUUAUUUUUCAAUUUAUAUUCAUUCCUUUUUAUGUAUUUCUUCUGUUCACAAUAUUAUUUUAGAAUUUUGGUUACAAAUGAUGUAUUAAUUAGAAACUGAGUUUAACCUUCAAACAGAAGGAACAAGGGCUUUGAAGUGAAUUGAAGUUUUUCAUGUUUAUUUUUCUUUCUUUUUUUAUUUUUUACAAUAUUGGCCUGAUGAUUGUGUGGUUAUUUAGACAAGGAAGUUAAGAGAAUAUUUGAACCUAGUCCAAACAUUUUAUGUAAUAAAGAUCAGUGUUUUAUUUGAACAAAAUUGUGCCUUACAUUAAAAUAAGAAUGUCUCAUGACAGUAUUGAUGGAUUUUUAAAAAAUCAAUAAACACUGAAUGGUCA